GGGACCUCAACAUGUGAUGUUCUUCUCAAUGCUAAUGACGCUCACAAACUUUUCGAUAUCUUCACCGGUAAGGCAACAGAACAGGGUAGCGAAAAAGAAUCAGCAUCCAUCAAGCAAUAGAAGGGAUACAAGAAGCUUUGAUGUUUACGAUUUGAGUUUAGGGUACGAUCCAGAAUUCGAGUUGUGGACAGAAAACACUUUGAAUAUUGUGUUUCCGCCUCUAAGAGCACAACCUGUGGAAAUCGGGUAUGACAGAGUUGGAUAUGAAUCUCCUGAUUUCAGCAACGGACUAGAUUAUCCGGAUCCAUACCUAAGGACAGGACCUGAAGCAAAGAGGAUGGCAGACUUCCUCUACAGCAAAGAGCUAUUUUUUGGAGAUAUACCCCAUCAAAGAGCUCUUCUUGCAAACCAAGAGCUGAGAAAGCAGAAUGGAUUGUCUCCUAAUGUUCUAAAAUCAAUAAGGUUUUACUCUCCUUUUACAAACGGUGAUUUGUAGAAUAUUUUUAAGGAGCGAUAGGUGAUAAAUUCAAAAACAUAUCAAGCAAAUUUUGCUGAAAUACGCAGGUACAUACGUUUAGCUAAGCUAGUAUGUUACAAUACUUUGAGUUCUUAGCUCUCUCUGCUGUGUCAACUUUCAUGUUUUUAUUCGUUAAGUUUAAUUGUCUUGUGGUCAGUACUUUGACGGAGAUAACAGCAGGAAAAGCGUAGCUAUAAUAUUGUUUUAAGCACAGAUCUGGGAACCUUGGUUUAAAUUCCAACUCAAUCAAAAUUUAAUCCUGCAGAUGUGCAGAUUUGAACUGUGAUUUUCUUAUGGACUCUUGUCACAUAUCGACGACCAUUUGAAAUACCUUUAAUUUGACUACAUAGAUUCUUCAACAGGUAUUGUACCCAUAUAUAAAUCUUGCUUCAUCCACGUGUAAUUGCCGAAUCUGGACUAUUAGAGGGUGUUGCCAAAGCUCGUCUGUGUUUAACUGAUAAUUAAAUUAGAAUGUCAGGUGAUAAGGCUUCAAGUUCUGGAAUGAAACAGAAACAUAUUCAGAAUCGUAUAAACGAGAAUGGCAAAAGGAGUUUCAAUCAUGGUUGCCAAGGAGUUUCAAUCAUGGUUGCCAAGGAGUUUGAACAGCGACCAGUAUGUUCAAUGUACAAGUUGUAAUAAAGAAAAGAUGCCCUCAAAAAACCUGUUUUAUGUGUAUGCGCGUAAUUCAAAAAUAUACUUCUUUCAUAGACGGCACUGUGUGACGGAAAGUCCCUUGAUCCAUCCCUGAUCUUGUGACGGCACUGAUUUUUUCCUUCUACCAAUUUCGACAAUCAACGACACUGUCUACCGAUUUCUUCCUUUUCGGUUCGGCAACACUGCUGUUGGGUAUCUUAAUUAAGUUUUCAUCGUUGUACAUACUUUUUAAUUUUAAGUAAU